AUGGGAAAUAUGCAGGGUGAAAGGCUCGGAAUCGCCCAGAUCUUCUUGGUCGCUUGCCCGUCAUUCAUUCUCUUCGGAUACAAUCAAUCUGGAGUUGGAGGAUUGGUGGAUUUUCCAUCAUGCACCAGGCAAUUUCCCGCAAUCGAUACCGUUAAUACGACCGGGGCUCAGAAAUCCCACAAUGCAACAGUGCAAGGUGCGGUGAUUGCCUCUUACACGAUCGGUGCUCUUUUCGGAUCUCUUAUUUGCACCUGGAUUGGUGAUAUUCUCGGUCGUCGUCGCACUAUCUUCACCGGGGCGCUCAUUGCAUUGAUCGGACAAGCGUUGGAAUGUACAGCUUAUGCUCUGGCUCAAUUCACCGUUGGCAGGGUCAUUCUAGGAUUCGGUGUCGGGAUGCUAGCUGCCACGGUGCCAGUCUGGCAAUCUGAAUGCGCUCCACCAAAUAAAAGAGGACGCAACGUCGUCCUCACCGGCAUGUUCAUCGCCUUCGGGUUCGCCCUGACCCAAUGGGUGAAUUUCGGCUUCUACCAUAUCCAAGAGCAAUCAGCCUCCUGGCGAGGCUCACUAGCCAUCCCAGCCUUAUUCUCCUUCACCAUCAUGGCUAGCAUCUUCUUCCUCCCUGAAUCCCCUCGCUGGCUAGUUCUCCGCAACCGCUCUGACUCAGCCCAACAAUCCCUCGCCAGCCUACGCGCAAAGGACAUAACCUCCCCGGAAGUCCUCCAAGAACUUCACUCAAUCGAAACCUCCCUGGAAGAAUCGUCUCACGGCACCAUCCGCCUACGAGACGUCUUCUCCGCAAACGAAGACAAACUCCUUUACCGCUUCCUUCUCUGCGUGACCCUCCAGUUCUUCCAGCAAAUGAGCGGCGGCACCCUCAUCUCCGUUUACACACCCACAAUAUUUGAAGACGAUCUGGAUCUCAGUGCAACUCUCGCCAAGAUCCUCGCCGCCUGCGCGCUGACAUGGAAAUUCCUCUCCUGCUUCGUGGGAUUCUUCAUAAUCGACAGGAUCGGACGUCGUGCCGCGUUCAUGAUCAGUGGUGGAGGCAUGGGCCUGUGUAUGGUUGCGAUGGCAGUCUCGACGUCAUUCGUGGGGAAUCAUACGGCGUCGAUCAUCUCAGCGCUGUUCCUGUUUGUGUAUAACUUCUUCUUGCCGCUGGGUUUUCUGGGUGCGAACUUUUUGUAUCCCGCCGAGGUUGCACCGGCCAGGCUCCGGGUUGCUGUGCAGUCGAUUUCGACGGCGAAUCAGUGGUUAUGGAUGUUCGUCGUCGCAAUGGUAACACCCACCGCGAUCGCCCAAAUCGGAUAUCAGUACUACAUCGUCUACGCCGUUAUUUCUCUCAUCAUUCCGCCCUCCGUUUACCUCUUCUACCCGGAGACCAAGAACAGAUCACUGGAAGAAGUCGAUCAGAUCUUCCGCGAAUCGGCAUCUAUCAGGGCUGCUGUGAGGGCGUCGAAGAAAUUGCCGAUUCGGAAUGAUGUUUUGAGUGGGUUUGAGGGGAAGGAGAAGGAGGUUGUUGAGGUGGAGUAA